UGGGCAGCGAGCCCUUUCCCCUUACGCUCAGCGCGACAUCGCCCCUCUCCUCCAACUCCUAGGGCUAGGGUUACCGCAGCUGCCGCCGCCUUCCCCGCUCGUGCUCUCUCCAUCUCCCGUCCGGAACUCCCACGCCGCUAGGUCCCCUCGCCCACGUUAGCCUCGCCGCAGAAGAGGGCUAGCGCGCCCGCGCCGCCGGUCAAGUUGCGUAUGGAGGCGAGGAGGAGGAGGAGCAGCACCCGAAGGAGGUCGUCCUCAGAGCACGCAUCCCCGUCGUCAACCUUGCGCACACUGAAGGUUGCCGCUGCUGACCGGAGUCGGCCAGGUCGACUGCGUGCCUGCCGGCCUGAAGCUCAUCCUGGAGUCCCUAUCGGUGGCUGGUGGAGAAGCACCCAACGGUGGUAGUGAGUACGCCGGGGUGCCGAAGUGGAUGGAGAAGCAUCCCAUCCGCGAGGGUUUGGGCUUCGGCCUCACUGGUCCCGUGAGCCAAGAAAAUGACGGUGAGAGGUUUGAUUGGUUGGUGAGGCAAAGGAAUGCCGCUGCUUUUCGAUCCCCAAUUAUCAGUGUUCCGUCUGGAGUUCACUGCUCACGAUUCGGGGGGCUUCGCGGCGAUUUAUCCACCAGGUGCUUGGCGUGGGCUCAACUCCUACCUCAGUCUGGUUGUUGGAUGAGGAGUAUCGGGUGCGCCGACGACGAGGACCAGAUCGUGUUUCGCCUCCGGUUCCAGCUCAUGGUCGCGCUGGACAUUCCCCACGACGCCGUCUGCGGCGAUCCAAAGCUCGCUGAGGACGGGGAUGAGGUGGGGGUGCAGAUGCAGGGUGAUGCUGCUACAGGGCCCCUGAAGAAGUAGGGGAAGCUGGACGAGGACGACGUGGCGUUCCAUGGUCGCGGUGGCUGGAGGGGCGGCGCUGCGUCGCAGUGGAUGAGAUGGCUGGAACUCCUCCUUCCCAUCUGCACCAUCUGUUCAACGCAUUGACAUCGCGACCCCGAGCGAGAUAUCCGUGCUCUCCGGCGAUGUGGGAUGCCGUCCUCCAGCGCGCCUGCGACAGAAGAGCCUUCGCCCUACAGUUUACAGAUUUUUCUCAUGGCCGAUGCGCUCAGAGGCCACACAAUGACAAUAGUACGUUUCAUAGAGCUGAGUGAUGAUAAUAUUAUUGCCUGGAGCAGCAUGAGGAGACUGUUCAAGAGGAUCAGAUUGCAACUCAACACCGGGCAACGUUGCUUGAUAGGCAGGGUUUCGUGAGUGGCUGAGAUCGAUGUUGAGAGAACAUGGAGGUCCCUUAUUUGAUGCUUUCAGAUCAAAAUACCUGAAAGGUCAUCGUAUCUGGUGGUUGCGGGUUUCCCAUCAGCAGCUACUGUUGCACUCUCAGGUCGAAGAUGACCCCUGCGACUACAUCAUUCGUGGCUUACAACACGGAGUGCUAACCAGAAGGGCAACAAGGUGGAGUGGCAUGGAAACCAGUUCAAGAUUUGGAUCUGGUCCAAUGAAACUAAGGACAAUAACGCAAAACAAGGUACAGUGGAGAAGGUUGAUGAAAUUGUUAAGAGGCAACUUGUUGUUUCUGAAGGCACUGAAGUUUGCUGUAGCACCAACUUCUCUAACCUUGGAGCUGAUUCACUGGGCACGAUGCAAACGCUUCUGACUGCUAAAGUUUGUAAUUCAGAGAAAGGAGCAAAGCACUCCAGGGUUGUAGUUAAGAUCAUAGGCUUGCUAUGAUUCUCUUGCGAUUUAGAAUUUUAGUCGAGGAAUCUUGGCUUGUUGGGUCUCUGCAGUAAAGUCCAGUGGUUAUCAUUCAUUAUCAUCACCAGAUGAUUUCAUUUUGUGGAUGUUUGGGUUUAGAAAUUUUUGUCUCACUGUCUGUCUCGACGUACCGUCCAUGAGAGCUGUUCAUAUGAGGGAGUACAUUUACAGCUAUGCAUUUAUGUUAGUCAUGUUUAGCUCAGCUUGAACUCGUGCAUGUAACCUCAAAGAUCGCUACUGAUCGGCUUUGUCUACAACGUGAUUAUCUAGCUACAUGUGUUCCAUCUCAAGUUUUGUUC